GCCCGCCGUGCAGCAAGAAAGGUCGGGUUGCAUCUGUAGACGCGAGUCGCGACGUAAAUCACAGACGACAGUCGACUUCCUCAUGUCGCUGUGUGAUUGACCGUGCAUAGUAGCUUCUGUUUGGAAGUCCUCAGCACACACAGGCCCUGCUAUGUUGAGGUGUAUCAGCUAUGACUGAUGUGGAGGCGACAUAUGAAGACUUCAUCGCUUCGCAGCGGACCGGCCGACGGAACGCCGUACACGACAUCCCACAAUCCCCUGAGGCACAGGGACCCAGCGACCUAUCACACGACCUGGCUCAGCUCAACAUCAACAAAUCCGGUGAAGGAGAGGAUGCUGAAAAGAGCCAGGCCCCGUCAGAGUCUUCAUCCCAACCAGAAGAGGGGGGUAAAGAGUAGGAGGGCUAGCAGACGAUCAGUGGUCAUCAGUGGACAAACUGCUACUCUUUUUCCAAACUUCUAAUCUGUGAACUGAUCUUUCACCCUACUAUUGUCCAGUAGUCCCUCCCCAACUUCUCUCAAAACUCUGCCCUGAGCCAAUAAUAUGAAUUGUUGGGUUUACUUAGGCAGCCGCAGCACACUGAGCCCUCAGUGCUGGUCCGCGUCCCAACAGUCUUGAAAAGCUCCCUUUCCUUACCUACUUUCCUUCUAAACCACUGAAGCUGAAAUUAGACAAGACCCCAGUUCCGAUUCUCCCCUCUCUCCUUGAAGUGUGUACACUUCAGGGGAAGAGGAAGAAACGGAAUGAAUGGGAAGGAACAGAAUUGGAGUAAUAUGGUACGACAGAUGAAAACAAUGUGGUGGAAUCUUACCCAUUGACUUUUCGGUGGUCCUUACUAAAGGAAAGGAAGCCAUUUAAUGUGAUUGGGACGUGGCAGAAGAUGUUUUCAAUAGAGGAAGUGGAACUUGCCUAACCCGCCUUGGGGAUUCUCUAUGGUUACCACUCUAAACACAGAACUAAACUGUAACAAUGAACAGUGAUUGGACACUGACUCCAGCUCUUUCCUCUCUGCCCUGAUGCCAUUGGCCCAGGCCCCCUGUCAAUCAUGUGGACAUCCUUACAGUAACAACAACCUCCUUUCACUCUCUAAAUGAUUGAACCUUCAUUUAUCCAAGUGAUCUCCUGAGCUUGAGAACCUCUUUUACCAGAGACUUGACAAGGCACGGCACUGGGGUUGGAAACUAAAAUGUCAUAUACAUUGUCAUGACGUGAUAAUUGGACACACUGACACUAAAAGAUGGCCGUUCAUUUCGCUGCACUGUUUUGCUUGUCUCCAACAGGUUUGCUAUGUAAGCGUACACUGCUAGCUGAUGUCCCCUCCAUAGCGUGUUGCUGAUCAGUGUGUUUACUGUCCUGUCUCACCCACUGUACCAGGAAUUGAGCUGUGACUUACUCUUUUUUUUUUCGUCUGUAUUUCAUAAAACAAGUUAUUAAUCCAAAUUCAUAGGCUACAAUUUCCGUAAUGGAUUAUUUAAUCAGUUUGGAUUAGUAACUCGUUACGAGAAGAACACUAGUUUUGAAGGUGAGACUGACAUCUAUGCUCGACGCCAUUGUUGAGUUGUUUGUUUGGAUGUACAAAUAAAGAUCAUUCAUCAUU